UUCCCAAAUGUUUUCUAGAAAAAAAGUAAGGUACUAUAUAAUUUGGUUUUAAUUCUGGAGAAAAUAGAGACAGUGUCCAGUUGGUAUGUUUAGAUUUAAUUCUUCCAAAUAAUUGCUAGUGUAACUAAGAGAGGCUUUUUGUAAGAGCAGAACAUAUGUGAAGAAUAAAGCUGAUAAAUGGAACUAUAUUACAAGUGCUAACAUGCACAAGGGACAGAUCACAGGACAGUGGGUGGAAGCAGAUAAAAAUACUAAUUCAAAGUCAAUUUGGGUGGAGUCACAUGAAUGUAUUGCAUCCACAUGCUGUAUUGCUCAACUGAACAGGAAGAACAUUUAACAAUGCCAGACAUGCCUGUGGCUUGAGUUUCUAUAUGAGUUGUUUUCAGUUUCAUCCUUUAUUACCAGUGGUGUAGGAAGUUUUAAGAUCCUUUUAAGUAAAAAACACAAUGUUUCAAGCAAAAGUUUUGUGUUGUAUUGUAUAUUCAAAAUGCACGUAAAGUAUAAAGGUAUUCAGACAAGGCAGACAAAUGUGCAUCGUAUGCGUUACGCAAUUAACUUCAGUUACAUCCCCAGUCUGCAGGAAGCCAUUUGGCAGGAGAGACUAAAAUCACUUAUGAGGGGAGGAUUCUGAGGCCCGAUGAUCCCAGGACUCUUGGCGUCUUUCCAAAUAUCCCACCUCCACUGACUGACUUCAUUAUGUAGUCCGACAUCAUUAGAGGCCUUGGUUAUGAACAGCUAAAAUUAAGUGUACAUUGUAUAUACAUUUUCUGCAAACAAAUCUGAAGGUAGUAACUGAUGGUGUUGCCCCGGUCAGUGUUUCUGAAAUGGUAAAUUACAGGUAUUCCUGCUAAUCUGAAGUACAUGCUCAUCCAAAAUGUACAAGGACACGUGGGGUAACUUGCUUAUGCACGUGGCUUCCGUCAUGCCUCAACAUUUGUUUUCAGUGUCUCUUUUGGCAUUUCCCUACAUCCUGUGCACCAUUGAGGCACACCCAAACCGUGGAUGCACAGUAUAAACUUUAAGACAACUUCACUGAGUAAAUCAACUCCAAAUGCAACUAAAUCAAAUACACAGCCAUGUUUGUAACCUUCGGACCUUCCUCUAUCCUCUCCACCGUGAGACCGAGAUUUCUGUGGUUUGUGGUUGAUGGCAAGUUACCACUUUCUCAGCCUGUUUGUCUGUUUGAAUUUAUUAUUGCAACACCUUUUUUUAAACCUGUUGUCUUAGCCAGCUCACUUAAGAAUAAUGGUUUUAAUCUUAAUUAGGCUUUGAAAUAAAAGAACGAGAAAAAAAGAAUUUCUAGGGUUCAGCAGUAGUUAGAUUUAAUUUGAAUGCAGCAACAACUGCUGCAACAAACUACCACAAGUGUUUCACAUGAAAGGAAUGUUGCUGGGUUACUUGCGACAGGGUGGUACAGGCAUACAGGUUGAAACGGUUGUCUCAGUGUAGUCGGAGUCCAGAGUUCCUUACCACACUACAUAUAUCAGUUAUGGUUUCAAGUGUCUUAUCCAGUCUUGUGUGUGUUUUGUGUGUGAUCCUGCUCCCGGCUGUUUGGGCUGAUUACUGUAGCGGCUAUAGGGGCACGGAUGGUCUCUACCAUGAUCCUCUCCAAUGUGGCUCACAGUAUUGCUGUGGAGACCUGAACAAAAUAUACUGCUGCAGUGAACAGGAAAACCGUUUAUUUCAAGAAAAUAAAGAAGGACAUUUUGAAAGGCUUAGCAGCCGCCCCGUUAUUUCUGCAAUUAUAGGGAGCAUUGCAACUAUUAUUAUACCCAUUUUGGUCUGUGUGAUUCUCAUCAUUUGCUGUGUGUGUCCCUGCUGCUUGUUAUACAAGAAGUGUCGAAAAAGACGCAACGGAAUGCAGCAAACUGUGAUAACCACCACUGUAGUGAACCCAUCCCAGCUUCCACUCACACCCUUUGGAUACGAGCCAUCCCACCCAGGCUACCAGCCUGUACCUGCCCUGCAUGGAUAUGGAGGCCCACCCAUACCUACAGCACCACCACCUUCAUACCUGGAAUCUACUUAUCCAGCUCACUCUCCAGUUCCAUACCCUCAGGGGCAGCCGAUGUACCCCCUCCCCCCUCCUGGCCAGAAUUAUCCCCCGCCAUCGCAUUUAGACGAACUCGUACAGAUGCCCUACAACCCCUCUUAUAGGCCAAACCCCUGAACUAGAUAGAUAACCUGAUCACUGCAUGGUGGUUGUACCACUAUUCCCAUGGCAAUGUGUGGAUGAUUGUGUGUAUUGGAUUGUGUUUAUACAGCUUUGUGAGAUGUCAAAUUAAUUACAACUGGUGAAAUUUUAUAGUAAUGUAUCCAUGAUUUAAACCAAACUACUAAAAAUCUUUGCUGUAUCUUGCAGCUGCUGCUUUUUAUGUGUAGACCUAUAUGAAGAACUUCAGGAAUUACUAGUUAUUUAGUAUCCAAUUUUAAAUGAUGAUCAAUUUUAAAUUGAAGUGUUGAAUGUUGAAAAAUUCUAAAUUUCAGGAGAGAAAUACAAGUAUCAAACACACAUUUCAAGUCAGGAGAGACAAAAAACAUAAAAACAAUUAUUGGAUAAAAAACUGCAAAUGCCUUAAACAUGAACACAAAAAUGAAGGCAAUGUUUAUUCAGAGAAUUAUUUCUCUGAAGAAAUAUCAUUACACUGAGUUUAUGUUUAUUCUUGGACAACUGAGGAGUUUUGGGAUUUCCUCCUAUAAGAGGCAAUUUAAACUGUUGUGUUGUAACUGUUGAAAUUAUGAGGAAACACUAUUGAUGCACUAUUUAAAACAGCACUAUGUAAGAAAAUACAACUAAAAUUUAAUUAAGUGUUGUUUGUCAUGGAGUGUUGUUCUUGCAGAUGAUGAUGAUGAUGAUGAUGUUGAUGGGUUAUGUGUUUGACUGUGUCCCUGUGAGCUGGUGAUUCAUGUCUUUAUUUUACCUUGAAGUCCAAUUUAUUUUGUAAUAAACCCAAACUGCCACUA